AUGAGUAAAGCGGGGGCGCGGGCGCGGCCGGCGCAGCGUUGGCGGCGGGGGGGAGGGGGGGGCGUGAUAGGGUGGGGCGCCGCAGCGCCGCCGCCGGCACGGGCGCGCACUAGCUGCAGUGCGCUGCGGAGCGUGGUGGGCGGCGGACGCGACAUCGGGGCCUCUGCUGUGGCGUGCGGCCGCGUGCAGCCUGCAGUGAACCCGCGCGAAGGACGUCUCCCGGCACCGGAAUCCACUGCGACAUGGAGAAAUCAGACUUGGAAAUAAUGACGCCGCACUCUGUGAUUAAGGCUAUGCAUUGCAGUCUCGAGGAGUCACCCUAUGCUGUCCUUUGGCAAAGGCUGCGAGUGUAUACACCUCAAGAAUGCAUCGACGCGGGUGGUCGUGCAGCUCUCCUGCUGCCUGAGAUAAC